AUGUAUUCCACACAGAACUACGAGCAGCCGCAGACUCAGCCUGCUGGCCCGCCGUAUGCAUACCAGGGCUACCAGGGCAACCACCAGGGGCAUUAUCAGGGCCCGUACCAAGGUCCUCCAGCCGGACACCCUCCUCAGGGCCCUUAUGGUGGCUAUGGACAAGUAGGCAACAUGCCACAUGCCGGAGGCCAGCCCGGGGCCCAGCAGGCGCAGCCACAGAAAGGCGCCCUGGGCUUUGCCAUGAACCCGGACUGGAGCCAGUAUUUUUUUGCAGCGUCCUGCUCAAUCAUGCUUGGAUCCUUUAUCGGCGGCCUUUGCCUCUUCUUUUCCUUCGAGCUGGUGGACUUCCUGGAGACCUGCUAUCUCAUGCUUUUCGGGGGUGUCCUUGCCUUGAUGGACACCCCUUGCUUCAAAACCAUGAAGACAGUGAAGGAUCACCGUGAGUACUUCUCAAAGUACAUCGGCAUCCUCACACGGGUGACAGGUAAAGGCAUCGCCUUCUUGUUCCUGGGCUGCUCGCUCUUCUCUACUCUCUGGGAUAAUCUCGAGAGCACCUUCAUGAAGUUUCUGGCGUUCGUCCUGUGUGUGUUGCCCAUGCUCGUUGGUGUUGCGGCCUUGGUCAUCGGCUUCAUCAAGAGCCAAAAGCUCAAUAAAGCUCGCGAAGCUCUUGCCAGCCAGAUAAGUGACAGCAUCGGCACCUUGUAUGACCAGUACGCUAGAACAUAUCCUGGUUUGCACGGCGGUCUGACGAUGGUGGAGUUUGGCGACCUGACGGACAAACUUGCAGGCUUCAAGUGGGAAGAUACGGACCUCAAGCUGAUCUUCAACGCUCUUGUCAGCAAUCCUGCUUGGCGGGCGAAUGCUACAGGUUUUGGUUCGCACGGUGGGCAGACGAUUGAUUUAGCCAGGAUCCCCCGAGAGGACUUGCUUGGCUGGGUGAGGGGCGGAAUUGUAUGGCUGUGA